AUGUUGUGUUUUUCAGUAGAUUCUCCAGAUUCCCUCGAAAACGUCCAAAGUAAAUGGGUAGGCGAAAUUGCUGAUCAUUGUGAAGGUGUCAAAUUAGUUUUGGUAGCCUUAAAAUGUGAUUUGAGAAGUAAUGAAGAUGCAGAAGAACAACAACAAUCCAAUCCUUAUUCCUCCCAAAAGAGAUUAAUUACAUACGACGAAGGUUUAGCCGUGGCAAAGAAAGUUGGAGCAUUGAGAUAUUUGGAGUGUUCUGCAAAGAAAAACAAAGGUGUUAACGAAGCAUUCUCGGAAGCUGCCAGAUGUGCGCUUAAUGCCAAACCUAAGGGAGCCAACGACAACGAGCCUGAGAAGAAAGGUUGUGUGAUAAUGUAA